GCCGAACCGCUCCGAACGCAUCCGAACGCCGCCGGACGCUGCCGAACCGAGCCCGAACGCCGCCGAAGCGGUGCCGAACCCUCCCGAAGCCGUGCCGAACCCUCCCGAAGCCGCGCCGAGCGGAGCCGAGCGCGGGCGGGGGCGCGGGGCCCCGGCGGCCGCUGGAGCGAUGCUGAGGCCCGGCCCGCAGCACCCGGGGCCCUGAAGCCGGCGAUGCCCCUGGCCCAUGGCUCUCCUUAGCAUGGCCCGGCCACCUCAGCGCCCGCCCCGGUGGCCCCCGGCGGCGCCCGGCCCGCUGCCGCCGCUGCCGCCGCUGCUGCCGCUGCUGCUGCUGCCGGCGGCCGCCCUGGCGUGGCUACCGGCCGCGGCGGCCGCCUCGCCCACGCCGUGCCCGGCGGCGUGCACCUGCAGCAACCAGGCCAGCCGGGUGAUCUGCACGCGGCGCGAGCUGCUGGAGGUGCCGCAGAGCAUCUCGGUGAACACGCGCUACCUGAACCUGCAGGAGAACCACAUCCAGGUGAUCCGCACCGACACCUUCAAGCACCUGCGCCACCUGGAGAUCCUCCAGCUCAGCCGCAACCUGGUCCGCAAGGUGGAGGUGGGCGCCUUCAACGGGCUGCCCAACCUCAACACGCUGGAGCUCUUCGACAACCGCCUGACCACGGUGCCCACGCAGGCCUUCGAGUACCUGUCCAAGCUGCGCGAGCUGUGGCUGAGGAACAACCCCAUCGAGAGCAUCCCCAGCUACGCCUUCAACCGCGUGCCCUCGCUGCGCCGCCUCGACCUGGGCGAGCUCAAGCGCCUCGAGUACAUCUCGGAGGCCGCCUUCGAGGGCCUGGUCAACCUGCGCUACCUCAACUUGGGCAUGUGCAACCUCAAGGAGAUCCCCAACCUGACGGCGCUGGUGAGGCUGGAGGAGCUGGAGCUGUCCGGGAACCGCCUGGGCCGGGUGCGGCCGGGCUCCUUCCAGGGCUUGGGCAGCCUGAGGAAGCUGUGGCUGAUGCACGCGCGGGUGGCGGCGGUGGAGCGCAACGCUUUCGACGACCUGAAGGCGCUGGAGGAGCUGAACCUGGCCCACAACGACCUGGCCUCGCUGCCGCACGACCUCUUCGCGCCGCUGCACCGGCUGGAGCGCGUGCACCUGCACCACAACCCCUGGCGCUGCGACUGCGACGUGCUCUGGCUCAGCUGGUGGCUGCGCGAGACCGUGCCCAGCAACACCAGCUGCUGCGCCCGCUGCCACGCGCCGCCGGCGCUGCGCGGCCGCUACCUGGGCGAGCUGGAGCCCGGCCACUUCACCUGCUACGCGCCGGUCAUCGUGGAGCCGCCGGCCGACCUCAACGUCACCGAGGGCAUGGCGGCCGAGCUCAAGUGCCGCACGGGCACGGCCAUGACGUCGGUCAACUGGCUGACGCCCAACGGGACGCUGAUGACGCACGGCUCGUACCGCGUGCGCAUCUCGGUGCUGCACGACGGGACGCUCAACUUCACCAACGUCACCGUGCAGGACACCGGGCAGUACACCUGCAUGGUCACCAACGCCGCCGGCAACACCACGGCCACCGCCACGCUCAACGUCUCGGCCGCCGACGCCGCCGCGGCCGCCGCGGCCGCCGCCGCGGCCACCGGCUACACCUACUUCACCACGGUCACCGUGGAGACCACCGAGGGCGCCGGCGGCGACGACCAAGCUCCCCAGACCCCCGCCGCGCCCACGGCGGCCGGCUGGGAACCGGCCGGCGCCUCUACGGCCGCCCCGGCCACGCGCGCCACCGGCAAACCCUUCACCGUGCCCAUCACGGCGGCAGCGGCCGGCGCGGCGGCCGGGGGAGGUCUCCAAGAUUUGGACGACGUCUUGAAGACCACCAAGAUCAUCAUCGGCUGCUUCGUGGCCAUCACCUUCAUGGCCGCCGUCAUGCUGGUGGCCUUCUACAAGCUCCGCAAGCAGCACCAGCGCCACAAGCACCGCGGCGGCCCCGCGCGCGCCGUGGAGAUCGUCAACGUCGAGGACGAGCUGGCCGGAGGUCCCGCGGCGGGGGCGGCGGCGGCCCCCGGCGGCGGCGCCGGGACGGGUGGGGACAACCGGUUGGCGCUGCCGGCGUUGGAGAGGGAGCACCUGGACAGGUACGCGGCGUUGGCCGCCCACUACGGCGGCCCGGCGGCGGCGCUGGGCUGCGGGAAGACGCCGCUGCUCAACUCGGUGCACGAGCCGCUGCUCUUCAAGAGCCCCUCCAAGGAGAACGUGCAGGAGACGCAGAUCUGAGAUUUUUUUUUUUUUUUUUUUUUUUUUGGGGGGGUGGGGGUUGGGGG